AAUAUUUGCUCUUUGGAAUAUAUACGUCUCCCCCAUUUCCCUCUUCAUCUGAAGAGUCAAAAAGUUGAAAAAAAGCAAACAAAACACAAAAAAGAAAAAAAAAAAGGGGGUGAGAAAUCAAAAGGAGGAUUUGUUUACUAAGGGAAAACAAUAGUUUUGUUCAAUUUUUUUUUCUCAAUUUGAAGUUGUUGAGAGUGAUGGCUGGGUACAGAGCUGAAGAUGACUAUGAUUACCUAUUCAAGGUGGUACUAAUUGGUGAUUCAGGUGUUGGCAAAUCCAAUUUGCUUUCAAGAUUCACUAGAAAUGAGUUUAGUCUAGAGUCUAAGUCUACAAUUGGUGUUGAGUUUGCUACUAAAAGCUUAACUGUUGAUAGUAAAGUCAUCAAGGCUCAAAUUUGGGACACUGCUGGUCAAGAAAGGUACCGUGCCAUCACCAGUGCUUACUACAGAGGUGCCGUGGGUGCUCUGCUUGUGUAUGAUGUCACUCGACAUUCAACAUUUGAAAAUGUUGAGAGGUGGCUUAAGGAGUUGAGAGAUCAUACAGAUCCCAACAUCGUUGUCAUGCUUGUCGGAAACAAAUCUGAUCUACGACAUCUGGUUGCAGUAUCAGCUGAGGACGGGAAGUCUUUUGCGGAGAAGGAAUCCCUCUACUACAUGGAAACUUCUGCCCUCGAAUCUACAAAUGUUGAGAAUGCAUUUGCUGAAGUUCUCACUCAAAUCUACCACGUCGUGAGUAGAAAAGCCAUGGAAAAUGGUGAGAAUGGAAACGGGAACGUGCCUUCCAAAGGAGAAAAGAUUGAUAUAGGUAAAGAAGUAUCUGAUGUCAAGAAAGCUGGUUGCUGUUCAUCCUAAGGGCUAUAUAAUCUGUGCUGCUGUAUCCUGUUCUAGGUGCACCGUACCGGUAGUGUAAAAUUGUCCAGACUACCUUUGACACGAUCCUAUUUGAUACUACCUUUUACAUUGGUUUUUGUUUUGGUUGGUAGUAAAGAAUAUCAAUGUUAGAGAACCUUUUUCUAAUGAACCAAACCCUUUGUGUAGACCUGUUAUGGCUUAACUAUUGAAUCAUUCUUUUUUCUCUUUUCAAUUA